AUGCCGCGCGACCACGACGGAUACGUAUAAGGGAACGGCCGCUGCGACCUAGGCCGUUUCAGUCGAUUUUCGAACUAGAUAUCGUGAGCGUCGCAUUCGCGCGAGAGAGAUUUUAUGAUCGUUUUACGUUUUACGAAAUUAUUAUUCCCAACAUCAUCUCUGCGUGUAACACGCGACCGAAUUCGUAUUAUAUGCACGCGUUCUAAAGUAACGAGACGGACCGUUAACCGAUUCGAUUAAAUAUUAUAAUACCCGUUUAUCGCCCCGUCCAACGGUCGCCCGCGACGACGACGUCGUCAUCGCCCGACCGUGGCACCCUCGCGAUCGCAACCUUUCACUCUCGCGCACUCGUCCCGCUCGUCCUGUACCGUUCUGCAAUCGCGCCGCGGUGUGCUUUGCCGUCAUCGCGCAGAUCAACAGAUUAAAAAACCCAUCGCGCGUUUUUCGAGGUAAUAUCCGUCACGAAUAACAUUAUAUUAUAAUGAAUAUAUUAUUAUUGCAUUGUGAUUAAUUAAUACUCCGUAUACACCUAUAGGUACGCAAUUUGUUUGUUUGUUUUUUUUUUUUUUCGAUAUAAUUUUUAUGUUACGAUGAUAACACGUAAUAUGUUCAUGUAAUAAUAUUAUUAUUAUCUCAUUGCUUGUUUGAUUGUUUGUUUGUUUUAUAAUUAUUAUUAUUAUUUUCGUUGUUUGCGUUAUACAUAUUAUUAUACAUUUGUUUUUUUUUUUUUUUUUUUUUUUUUUUUUCAGUUGCACUGGCAUGUUAUUCGGUGACAACACCUAUAUACAUAUAAGUCUUAUACGAUUGUAUUAUUUUCCAUCCUGUAUAACGUUAUAAUUUCCUAUUGAAAUAAUAGAUUAUUUUGUUAAAAAUAAAAAAAAUUAUAAGCAUGUGCAGACACCACUUUUUACCGAUAUCAGAUAUUUGAAAUCGAAAACCCCGAGCUGAUACUGAAAUAAACCAAUUUUUUUUAUUUUUUUUUUAUUAUUAUUAUUAUUUUAACGCUUUUUUCAUAUUCCAGGAGUAUAGUAGAUAUUUAUCUCAGAAAUAUCGGUUUUAAAAACAUAAAGCCGAUAUCGAGUAUCGCGGUUUAUGUAUCGCGACCUGCCCCGAAACAAAUUGAAUUUAUUUCGUUUUGAACUCGGACGGUAUUAAAAUAAAUAUUUGCUCGCCGCAAAACAAUGUACACGCAUAUUUGUUUUACUAUAAAUUAUUUUAUUUUUACUGCAUAUCGAACGUUAUGUCAAUAUCAAACAGAUUUCCUCAUUUAAUAGUAUGUAUAUCGUUUAUAUGCAUACACAAUAUUACCGAACAAUAGUUAAUACCCGCCGAAUGGUUUUUUCGUUUUACCCAACCUAACAUUAACUCAAUAAUUGUUUAGUGUAUUAGAUGACCGCCGGUUAUUUGAAAAAUUCAACGAAUAAAAAAAAAAAAAAAAUUAAACACCGGUACGUUUCAAGUAGGCACAGACAUUUGCGAGACUAAUCAUAUAUUUACACACAUCACGUUCGCCUAAAUAUUUUCGCACGUUAUCGUGAUGUUGUUUGAAACGAUAUUACAGUUUUCAGAGUACACAGUCCAUUUUCGAAUAUUCACUUCGGCAAACGAAAAACGUAAUAAUCUUAUUUGGUUUGCACAUAAUAAUGUAAAAGUAUUACACGUACACUCAAAACGGAAUGUUAAAUUGAAAAUAUUAAAUCUAUAUUGUACGUCGGUCGUAUACUACGCAGCUACAACCGAUACAGUAUUCGUGUAUUCGUAAUAAGUAUUAACCCCUCCCAUUAAAUCGAUAACGAUAACUGUUGACAAAUAAGAAAAACUUCAAGAAACUUUGAAAACAAUUAUGCAAUUCGAUAUAAUAUAUCAAUAUACCUGCAACUACAAUAUAGGUCGGUAUUGUGGCCAAUAAACGCGGCCGUGGUAUAGGCGGUAAUCAAAGCUUUCAAUUAUUGCAUGUGCACCCGACGAAUGAUACACUGUUGUGCGUUGUACCUCGGUACGAUUUGACUUGGCAAAUUAGUAUUUUGUUUUUAUGUUUUGACAACGGAAAAAUAUUAUUACGAAUUAUUGAAGCAUAUUAUAUUGUUUGCACGGUGUUUAGAAUGUUUAAUAACUUAAUGAAACGGUAUGAAUUAAUUAUAUUAUUAUUAUUGUUAUUAUUGUAUGGAUACCUGGAGAACAAUAGAUUUCCAUAGUUUAAGCGUUACGAUAUAAUAACGACGUCUCUUAUUUAAAUGCGUAGUUAUUACGUUAAUGUAAACAGUGGCGUGCGCAGGGUGGGAACGAUGAGUGUUUGUUCAAUAAUUUUAAAUUUUAACUAAAUUACGUGGAAAAUAAGUUUGAUUUAUUGCGUACGAAUUGACUUUUUUUGGAUCCGGUUUUUAAACUUUCAUUGUUGAAUUAGGUAUAAGCAGAAGACGAAUCUACGGUUUAUUCAUUAAUCGUGAUAAUUAUUUAUUUCAUUUCUUUCUAUUGAAAAUUCCGGCGUACACGCACUAAUAGUACUUGCAUAUAUAUACUAUAUUAUAGUGUAGUAGAUAUUUAAAUACAGAAUAAUUUUCAUCAAUAACAGGCAUUUAUAUUAUAUAAUAAUUAAACAUUUUAAUUAAUUUAAAGCAGUAAAUAGCAUUGUCGUUUUAAUUAAAUUCGCGUUUUGAAUUUAUUUCAUUCGCCUAAGUAAAAUACCGUGCUCUUCUCAAAGGGGUUUUAACUUAAUUUUAAAGUACUUAUUCGGCGUUUUCACUAAUUUCGAAAAGUAUAAUAUUUAGUAUUUUAAUUUAUAAUAGGACACGGUCGUGAUUUAUACAUAAGUUUCAGGAAGUACGUGUUUUGGCUGUAACUAGGCCAACCGACACUUUUACGCGGUAUACUAUUAAAUUUUAGUAUAGUAAAAGAAAGCCAAAUGUAUAAAAGAUUUUAAAAAAAAGUUGUUACUGGGGACGGGUGCGGUCACUGUUGUAAAUGGGUAGUUGGGAAGGUGGGACGGUUAUUUAAAUUUUUACCUGUAAGCAACGAUAAACCAUUGCUAACGAAAAACGAUUCUGAACGAAGAAUAAAUCUAAAAUAAAACAAAAAAUGUGCUUUUUUACGACAAAAACGAUUGUUUGAAAAGGAUUAAAAUAAUACAAAUUUAAUAAGACUAAAAAAAUAAAUCUCGAAUAUUAAUAAGAAUUUCAAAAAAUAUUCUUUCUAAAGUACCAACUAGAGUCAAAAUUAAAAAUGUCUAGAAUAAAAGUUAUUUACAGAGAGGAAAAAAAAUAUACAUCACAGUAAAACUAAUAGAUUCCUCACUUCACUCAGAAUUUAAAAUAUUUUUCUUUUUUCUUUUAUAACACUUCUAAGUACGAGUUUAUUUUUAGAAAAAAUGGGAAACUCGUCAUAUACCUAAACUAAAUAAAAAAAACAACCAAAUGUUUCCAACAAAACAUAGAUAAGAAAUCAAAAAAUUCAAAUACGUUUUCAAAAUUAAAAUUGAGCCACUUGUAGUGGGUGAAUUUUAUUCCAGGUUAGUGUUCUAAAUAGUCUUAAAAACGGCCGUGUCCCUUUCUCUUAAAUGGGGAAAUGGGACUUAUCGGCAAUAGAGGCGAAAAUACAUGCUACCGUGAAAAUUAUUUUUGUGUAAAAAAAAUUUGAAUUUAUAGGUUGUGUAAAAAAAUAUAAUCACGUAUAUUGGUAGAUAAAAUUCAAAUUGACAAAAGUUUCAUCUCUAAAAAUAAGGCUGACAAAAAAUAACAGUAAUUUUUAUAUUGGUCGGAAAUGUCAUAGUGAAGGUCAAAGAUCUGCGCGAUUUUUUCUGGCAAUGUGAAAUUUAUACGAGUAUGGGACGAAUAAAUUAUGCUGAAAUGAUGAAUAAGCGAAUAAAUCGGUUGAUGAUAAACAAACCUAAAAUUUGGGCUUUUGUAAAUUCUUUACGAAAAAUACAAGUAAGAACAAAUACACAGUAUGAAAAUUUGGUAACGGGUUAUAGUCCGCAAAAAAAGUUUGAAAAUGUAAGGCCACACGGAUAUUUUAUGUGACUAUAAAUUACCCAAAAUUUUAUUUUGAAAAUAGUUUUAACCUUAGCAUGUAUUUUUGCCAUUGUCGUCGCUAUGGCAUGCAGUGCCGAAACAGCAGCACCGAAAAGUCCUAUGCCCCUUAAAUGGAUAUCGGUCUACUGGUUAGUGAAAAAAGUAUUAUUAUUAAUGUAGCUAUAUUAAAAGGUAAAAACAAUUUUCAAAUUUUAAAAAUUAUCAUAUGUGCCUACCUAAGAAUAAUAAUCAUUUUUAUUACAAACGAAGCAUAAAUGUUUCGUAGUUACUAUUUAAUAUUUUAAUCGUAUAUUUGGUGUAUUUCAUUAUUAUAAUAUUAUUUAGACAGGUGAAUAUAAUAAUAUAUUAUGAGAAUAGCGGUAAAUAGGUUAAUAUUUGUGUUCUGAAUUCCCUACAACGCAAAUUAUUUGAAUAGCGUAAAGAACUAAUACUGCUGAUGGGUGUACUACGACAGUUGUUCGAUAGGAAGUUGGGAAAGUAGGUUAUUAUAUAAAUUAGUUUAAUUUAUAUUUGUAAAAUUCAUGAUAGUAAACCUCGUGAUAGAAUUCAAGUAUUUUUGCCGGACGAAAACAAUCUUAUCUACAUAAAACCAAAUAAAAACUAUAAAAAUUCAUCAGAGUUUGACCACGUCGAACCAAUCGAAAAUAAAAAUAAAUCGUUUUAUUGCGUAGAUUUUCCCAUUAGUUUUUUUCCUAACUCUUUAAAAUAAGACAAGCGGAAUAAAAAAUUAUUAGCACCAACUAGAAAACAUUUUCUUUCAGAAAAGAUGUUACAAUUUAAAAUCGGAUCAGGAAUUCUGGUAGAAAAGUUGUUUUCGUAGAAAAACUAAUACAUUUCCUCAUUGCGCUCAUAAUCUAUAAGGAGAAAUAUACGUUAUGAAUAAUCAAUGAAGGAAAGUGGUUUUAAUAAAAUAUAUCGUUUACGUCUUUUACUAAUGAUUGUAAUAAAUCGACCAUGGUUUCUUACUUAAAUUUCUUAAUGUAGGUAAGUUCGUAUUUUCAAUAUUAAAAUUUAUGUACAUCUAUUAGUUUAAACCUUAAUGUUUUAAGUAAUUGGCAUUUUAGUUUGAUUAAAAUCAUAUUUUACAUAAAACAUAUUAUACAGAAUUAAUAUUAUAAAAUAUAGAGUUGAUUAAUAUUAUGAUUAUUGUAACGUACUUAUAAAAUAUAAAGCAGCAGUUCACAACAAUUAAAUAAAUUCCUUCGUAUAACUAAAGGAACAAAUUUAAUUGAAUCAAUUAUAGCUUGCAGGCAAUGUUAGAGAAGCUCACUUAUCUUCAUUGGCCAUUUCUUUGUAAAAUAUAACGCGUAUGCAGAAACAUAAUAAAUUAAAUUUUGCUACACAAAUUAUUAUAUAAGUAUAAUUAUUCCUCCAUUGUGAUAUUCGAUCAAAUUUGUAUUUGGACUUUGAUGACAGAAGGUGUUACACGUUAAAUGUAAACAAAGUGUAGUUUUUACCCUGUCACUGAACUAAAAAUUUGGUUGGUGGUAAAAAAUCUCAUGGCUGGUGGCGGGUGUUCCUGUUCCCUAAUGUCAUAUUAAAUGUUGAAAUUGUUUAGAAAAAUGUACUAAGCUUUUGUACAAAGCUGGCAGUUAGACUCUAUUAACAUAACAUUUUUAUGAACAAAUAUGUGUAGGAGAGAGAAAUUUAAAAGCCUUAUCUCCAUGAAAGUUUUCCUGGAAGUUUGGUUGGGUUUAGUUCUCGGGAACGCCCCUUCAUUUUAUGUGAGUAUAAUUUCCUUUAACCAUUAAGCAUAAUAAUAAUCAUAAUAUUAUGGAAUAACAGUAGAAACAUAUAAUGUACUUUUGACAGGAAAUAUUAUAACUGCGUCACACUAACGAUAUUUGUUUUACGCUGUAAUUAUUAUCGUUGUAUAUGUAGCAUUAUGCAAAUUGAGAAAUGAUUAAUUCGUUUUGUAAUUUCACACAAAAUUUAUAUGAAACAGCUAUUUUAUCUAGAAGGUUUCUCAGCGAAAAUGUACGGAUUUAAAGACAGAUGUCUUUCGUUGUCCUAGUUCACCCAACUUUAGUCCUGCCAAAAUAUCUUGAUUCUUUACAUAUAACCGAAACAAUUUUAAUUUAAUAUAUUGUCAUAUAUUGCCUGAAAAUAGGCAAUUUAUUUUCAACGAAAAUCUACGUACAGCUCUCGAAAAUAUUCUCCUCUUAAAAUUUUGUAUCAUGUGUUCAAGUUUCAAUUUCAACGAAAAUACCAUAAAUGUAUAAUCCAUGUAACGUAAUUAUUAUAUGUUGCCCAUUAUUAGUUGGACUGAAAUGGUAAAUGAGUAUCACUACGUUCCUUAAAGGAAAUUAACGUUAAUAGACAAAUACAAUUUUGGAAUUGUUUUUUGCCUCUCCCCUUUCAUUUAAAAAUCCUAAUUUCACCACUGAUUAGUAAUAACGUUUGCCGGAAAUGUUAUAUUUAUAGAUCGUUUUUAGAUUUUGAUCAAUUUUUGUGAAGUCGAAUUACGCGCGUUGACUGUAACAGUAUUAUAGAAUAAUUCAAAAACACAGGCACUCUGUAUAUUAUAUUAAGAUUCUUAAAAACAUCGACCCAUCGUAGUAGUAUUGCAUAAAAUAAUAUUUUUUUAUUUACUAAAAUCCACAAAUAUAAUCGAUCCUAGAGACCUAGACUGUAUAUACUAAGCAUAUCAGAGCAGACGUGAUGUAAUUAAUGACUUUAUAAAAAAUGUGUGUUAUGUGUCCCACAACACCGUGUAAAUAUUUAACGGACAAUACUUCAUCAUAGCUUUUAGUUAUCCCUACCUAUUUUUUUUUUUGGCCGAAAUUCAGUGGUGGGAGGGUCUUAAAAAAAAAACCGCAUACAAAACGCAUAUGUUAUAAACGGCGACUAUUGAAAGCUCCAAAGACUAAUUCACAUAUUUUGUCGAAUAUUAAUAGUUCUACUCAUCGAUUUUAAUUAUACAUACAGUUUUUAAUUUAUCUUCAAUAUUGUCUAUACGUAUCUAUUUAUUUCGUCAAUCUUAAGUCUAUACCGAAAAGAUUAAACUGGACAAGUUGACGAAAUUGCAAACAUAUUAUCCGGAUCGCGUUUCACAAACCCGGGUUUUAACCUAGGUGCCUAGAGACAACAAUUUUCUUACCUAGGUAUGUAAAUCGACGUUUUUCCUCGUAAACAUAGUUAUUCCAUGUUUUAUCCGUGAGUAUUUGGGUUAGGGUAAUAGGAGCUUAUUAUGAUAUAUAGCUCUAAAAAUGUUAAUUCCAUUUUUGGAUUUUUUUUUUUUUUUAAAUUAGAAAUAAAAUUACAUUUUUUAAAUAGUUAUACAUGUAUUCAUAUUUUAAUUUUUAAAAAAUGUUGUUAAUUAAACUUCUACAUAUUAAUAUCAUCACAUCUUAAUAUAAAAAAGAUAAUUACAAUAAAAUAAAUGUUAAUAUAUAUAUGAAGAAAAACUUAGACUGGAAUAUUAUACAGAUUGUGAACAGUAUUUAAGAACGGUUUUAAUUUUUGAAAAGCCAGUACAUUACAAGUGUAUGUAGGUUGGAAGUAGAAAAAGUAAGAUAUUAUAGAGGAAUUCUAUUUAUAUCUGUUUGCUACGAUAUAUCGUUGCUAACGAAAAAACGAUUCUGAGAGAAAUUUAAUUAAAAAGUGUAUUCAAUUUUAACUAUAAAAUUAAUUAUCAUUGUCCGUGUUCACUGUUUAUGUUUCAAUGUUUGAGCAUUUGUAUUGAUUCUAUUGAGCUAAAAAAAUCGUAUCCACCUAAACUUAAGUACCACAUAUAAUGAACAUUCUGUCAAAUUUUCAAGCAUUUCUGUUUAGUCUAACCAAUUAAUCCAUAGAAUACCUAUUAACUAAAAAUUACGUGAAAAACUUGCAAAAUUUAAAUAGCUCAAAAAUGACCCAAAUGUUUUGAACAUUUUACCACAUCUAGACAGACAAAUAUAUGUUUUCUGUAAAAAUGUCAAAUAGUACCUACCAAUAAAAACACUACGGACAAAUUCUUAAACAUAAACCUAUAAAUAGCUCAAAAAUCGAAAUAUAAUUUGUUGUGUCAAUAUUUAAAUAAUAAAAUUAAGAAUUAAUUAAAAAUUUAUGGUAAUAUUAAAACGCUUAUCAGAAUGAUGAAAUGAUAGUAAGUUUUUCAGAAAAUUGAAAAAAAUAAAAACUAGUUUUUCUCAAAAACAUGUAGUUCUUCUGCAAUGAUUUACGACGUAUUUGCUUAUAUGAGCAAUAUAAAAAUAUCUACUUAAACAAAUAUUAUAAAUUGUUUAUUUUGAAAAAUAUUUAUUUAGUUAUUACGUCUAAUAGAAUUGUUAUGAUCUAUAAUAAUUUUACCAUUGUCAAAGCAGUAUUCGUUAAACGAGGUUUUUAAAUUAAUCUCAAUUAGGGUGAUAUUCCGUCUACAAUGAACUCGAAGGCUAUUUUAUUUAUUUUGAAUGAUGGUUUUUUUAUGAAACUAUUCGGGGCAUGUCACCAGUGUACCUACGGCCGAUGUAACACGAAACACUGCGGGAGUUUGAUAAGUCUGGUAACUUAUAACCAAGAAAUGGUUAUAAUAUUCUGAUAAUCUGUUUAAAAUAUAUAAUAUAAAAUAUUAUGAUAAAGGUUGAAAAUUAUUAUUUAAAAUGGCGUAUUAAAGUAAACGAAUGAAUUUCGUUUGUGACAUUGUAUUUAAACUACAAAAUACAAUUUCAAAAUGUACAAAAUGUAUUUCAAAAAAAUUGUAUAUUUGAAAUGCAUAGGUAAUAAUUAUAGGUACCCAUUUUGUCCAAACCUGCUGGUAAAACACGGCUACCGCACCCGCUACAUAGAAAUAUAUCAACUAUAAUAAUAUUCAAUUUAUCAUGUUAUAAUUUCGACUCGAGUAUAUUAUUGUAAUAUUAUAAUAUUUAGAUUUAUGAUGCGUAUUAUAAGCAAAACGGCGCUUAUCGGUAAUCCAUCUAAAUUCUAAAUAACAUAAUAUAAUAUUAUUAUACAAUGUAUACAUAGUUUCCAAACACUUAUAUUAUUUUUGUUUACUUUAUCAAUCAAUCUGUGUGUAAAUGUGUGAUAACACCCGUGUUAUUAUAAUGUAUUUUACAUAAUAUAAACAUUUAAACAUUUCAAUCGCAAACUGUUGUACAAAAUUAUUAAAUGUAUACAUCACUUUCUCAUUUUCGGGAUAUUAAAUAAUAGGUAUAAUUACUAACAGAAAUCAUAAUUCGAAAACACUAUUAUUUGACUAUGAUCGAUCGAGCUGUAGUUUUUUUUUUUUAUGCCGUGGUGAUAUUAUUAAAGAUAUCGUCUUUCACCAACCUUGUGUGCAAAUUUCUCUACUUUCUACAGGUUUCUGAGUUAUGUUUCUAAGUUGAUUUUAGACGGCGACGUACAAGUAUUGGACUUAUUUCGAAAUCACUUUUUCGUCUGAUAUUUUAUUUCAGUCGAGAUACAGCAAAUUAUUCAGCUAUGAUGUAUAAUAGUAAUAAAUCGCCUUUUAGCUUUUAACAUAAGUCGACUAUCGAAGUAUAAACGAACUUUACGCUAAAUCAGCUGUAUUGAUCCGAUUGCAUUACAUUCGUUCUCGUGUAAAUAUAUUUUACAUUGCGUUUUUCUUGUAUUUUAUAGUCUUUUAUUACAUCGCAACAAACGUUUGUUUAUUACAUCUUAAAAGUUUUUUGUAUAUUUCAUAUUGACUUUGAAAACGUAUGUAUAAAUAGAUAACCAGCUAAGUGAAGUUAUAUUUGUAUGACUGUGUUUAUGAAACGUGCCUAGUUAAAUAACGUGUCCAUUUUGUUAUUACCUAUAUUAUUACCUUAUAUUAUUAUGACUUUCCAUUAUUGAUCCUACCCUUUCAACAAAAGUUCAAAGUUAUGUUUUCGUUUAGUACGUCCAUAGUUACGUAAACAUAAUAUAGUCACAUUAUAUGUGUUUUUCCAUGUUCCUUUUUGUGAUAACUUCAUAUACAAAACUUAAACUAACAACGUUUUAAAAAUGCUAAAGACUGAUAAUAAUUAUAUACCAAUGCAUUUAUUUUGAUUUAUAUAAGAAUUUAACUUUAAAAAGAAAAUCCCUGCAUUUAAUUAAUACGGUGAUCUCAUAUAAAAUAAAAUGCAAUUACCCACCUAAUAAAAACGCAGGUAUACUUUUUAAAGUACCUAGUUAAAAAAUAUCUAAACGCCGAGUGUAUUAUAUUAACAUGACAGCCAGGAUUUUUUGAAGAAGGGUGUCAUGUGUCUACAUUAAAAAAAAAGUCUUUUAACACAUUUAUAUUACUUAAACAUGAAUAUAAGGGGGUAUCCAUACACCCAAAACACCCCUCUGCGCAACGCCAUUGAUGAUAGAAAACGAACAGCGUUAAUAGUUAUAAACACCUGUGAGCAGCAGAGUUUCGUCACUAAAGUUGAAUUACUCCUAACUUAUUUCGUAAUAUAGAAAUAUUAUUUACAAAUCAAUAUCCGAAUACAAUAGUACCACAAUAUAUACUAUACUGUACUACUUUCAAAAAUAUAGUGAAAUUUGAUAAUCAAAAAAUGGAGGACAGGUUUAAAGUUGAAAACCACAAAAGGCACAUCCUUGAAACUAAUACUAUGGUUAUUUAAAAUAUCAUCCCCCUGACUUCAUUUUAGGCUAUAACUAGGACUGUUCAAAGCUAAAAAAUCAUCCUCCUCCCACAACAAAAUGAUAAAAUCCAUAUUAUGUCUGAAUAUGAAUUUUAAAUUCAUCUAUAAAACAGUUCUACUUCCCGAGUUUGAGCACAUUUGGUCCAGAGGGAACCACUAAAAAUCUCAGCAAUUAUUUAUCGUUGCGUGCUGAUAAAUAUAAAUUAAAUAACUUUAUGUAUCUUACCAAUCUAAAAUAGUGACACACCCAUCAGUAGUACCAGCCAUUUUUUUUUUUUAGAUUUUCGUGCGUUUUUUUAAAUUUUUAGUGCUAGGGAGUAUUUAUAUUUGUACGCCAUACAUACGCGAAUAUUUAUAUAUUUUCCUAUGAUAUAGAUAUAAGUAACGAACCCUGGUUAUAUUAGACAUCUUAAUUCCUCUUCCUCAGCAAAUUUCAAGGCGUUUCAUAUGUGUAUAUCCUCGGUGACGUUUUUUAUAGAACCAUAUAAUAUACCAUUUAAACCUAUAUUCUUCUGAAAGUUAUCAAGGUUUAACAACAGAAUAUGUUUUGUAUCGUAUCCGGUUUUGUAUUAUCAUAUAGUAAUAUAUGAUAAUAACAAUAGAAAAUAUUUUUUUUUUAACUUUAAAGGGAGAGCUCUCAACCAAGGACUAUUAUGAAAGGUUGUUGCUUGCUACAUACAGAAAUUUACGAUAAUACUAUCAUUAUUAUUAUUUAUGAACCAUUUGUCAAUAAUGAAGGGGAAGUGACAAAUAUUUUAAUGUCAUUAAUUAAUACCUUUAAUAUAGUAUAUGGAUUUUGUAAACUACAUAGCCAGUAGUUAUAUUUUUUUUGAAAAAAUUAUAAAUUAUUUUAAAACAAUAAACUUUUUGAGAGUAUCUAUAGAUUAUAAUGUUUUACAAUCACACUCAUUCACGAUUAGUAUUUAUGAUUUCCAGUAACAGGACAUGUUUUACAUGUUAUUUUUUAUGUUAUACGUGUGUUAUACUAGUUCCGGGAUCAACGUUUGAUCAUCAAACUAUAUUGUCUUGGCAAAUCAAAAUUAAAUUAAAAUUGAAUUUAAAUGUACUAAAUUCAGUUAAUAAACUUUCAGAAAUUAACAUUUAAAAAAAAUACAAUUAAAUUUUUUUUAACUAUCUUAAUUUUAAAAGAGUGUAAAAGAAUAAAAAUAAAAAUGUGCACCUCUUAUACGGCAUUUUAUAUAUCAUGUAAUCAUAUAACUUUUAAUCUCAUUUUCGAAAUCAUUAGGUGCUGUAAUAUUUAAUUAUUAAUUUCUAUACAUAGGAUAUAAUAAAUUAUCAAAAUAUUGGCUCACAGUGUAUUACUAAAAAAAAAUGAUUGUUUUAAAAUUGUAAAUGAAAAUGUAAAUCAUUUAAUUCAAUAUUGAAUGUCAUUAAAUUCAAAAAGAACUAAAACCGAGAUUCGAUAGAAUUCUAUUAUUUAGUAUUUUGUAAAUUUUUAGACUUUAAAAUUUGAAAAAUGAUUUGUAUUUAAAGUAUAUACAUUAAAACUAUUAUUACUUUUAAAAUUAUGCACCAAUAUAGUUUCGAAAUUAUACAAUAGUAUAAUCUGAAUACACUUGUAAUAACCAAAUAGGUAGGUAGCCGGUGAAUAGACUACAAAUGAACAAUGACUAUGAAUAAACUAUAUACAAUAGUAUAUAAUCUGAAUAUAAUAGGUUACUGAUGAAUAGUAUACUUACUCGUAAAUUUUACAUGGUCAUAAAAGUUCCAUUAAUUUUUAAAUAUUAAUUGCAUUAUACUUGACUAGUUAGAUUAUUUUAUAUUUCUUACCUAAGCAAUAAUUAAUCAAAUGAAAAUAAAUUAUAAAUAAUAAAUGAUCGUGUAAAUGAUUAAUUAAUAACUUAUAUUAUUUUAUAGAGAUAUAUAGAGAUAAUUUAUUAAUGAUCUUACAUGUUCACUUACAACGAAGUUGUAUAGGUAUUAGGUUAAUUAUUAUUAUCGUAUUACAAAAACAAAAUUAAAAAUAUGAAAAUCGAUUAAAUGUUUGUCGUUAAAAAUAAUGUGAGAAAAUGAGAAAUUAUACCAUUUCAAAUCAUGUAAGCUAAACAAUUGUAGACAGGCAAUCUAUUAACCUACUAUAAGAAAUAAGCUUUAAAACAAAAUACUCGUACAAUUGGAAAACCGAGAACAUCUAUAAAUAUGUUAAAAUUAUAAUAAUAUGUAAAAUAUUUAUUAAAAAAAAAUUUAAAAAAUGAUAAUUUUACGGUUAAAUAUAGAGAUUCAAAAUUGUAUUCGUAAAAUCAUUACAAUGAAUAAAUAAUAAUGUAUGCGUGUUGUUAAAAACAUACAAUUUUAUAUAAUUUCAACAGCUUAUUUCGUUUCAAAAAAUCACAACAAUUAGAUACUUAAAUUUGUUUGUUGACAGUGACAAUAAAUGCAAUAUAAUGACCAGUGAUAGAUUGAGUGCUUAAUGAAUAGACCCAGGUGGCUGAGGUACAAGAAGUCCAAUCAGUUACCGAUUAAGCCUAGUCGGCUAAAUUAAGUACUAUUAGGUAUAUGACGUAUUCUACAACUUAGAUUAAUACAAACAAAUUAGUGAUAAGAGAUGUGUAACUUAAGAUUAUCAGUAAAAUUAAUGGUACCUACUCUAUCAUUUACAUUAUUAUUUUUUGAAUUAUACUUACAUACAUAAUUAUAUAAACAUAAGACAUAAUUUUUUUUUUCUAGAGUACAAUAAAAUUAUAUAGGAUUUUCAGGAAGCCCUCCAAACAAAUCCUAGGUGUGCCUCUGAAGGUUUUUAGUGAUUUUUUCUGCGGAAAAAUUGUAUUGUCCGCGUCAGCAAUUAGAAAAAGAUCGUUAUAGACAGAUGUCAAACAAAAAAAAAUGUCCAACUACGCAGUUAUAUUUUUGACGGGAUCAUAAUAUUUUAUUCGUAAAGAGAAGUGUCUGUCAGUCUGUCAGUAGCGGAUACAUGGAUGGGAAACAAUAGGGACCAUAACUCUCCUUUUUCACUCUCUAAUUUACUAUUAGUUUGAUUUAUCAGUGAGCUUACCAUAAAUGUAUGCCUUACAGGCUUUUUUAAAAUUGCUGCCCCCUGUGAUCUUAUCUUAAAUUCACCACUAGUGUCCGCCAUAUAUAAGUACUUGUCAAGACAUAAUUCAUUGUAUUGUCACUUAAAUCCAAAUUCCCUACAAUUAUUUAGAUUCUAUGCGAAACGAAGAAUUUAUUAUUUUUACUAUGUGUUGUUUUUGUUUAUAUAAACUACCUUUCGAUAAAAACUUUUUAGAAAAUUUUUUGUACUAUUUUAAAGGUCAUUUCUUGUGCUUUUUUUAUAAUUGGGGAAAACCUAGAAAAAACGUCGGAGAAUGGUAAUGUAGUUACGUAAUAACGAUUAAUGUUAAUUUUUGAAAAACAUUUUUUUAGGGCAAUUCAAUGAAAAAUUGAUAAUCACAGAACCUUCAAAUUAUCACCGAUUACUUAUUUAUUAGUACUUAAUACCUUCUAGAAAUAGUACAAUUUUCAAUAUAUUCUGGUGUUCUUUGAAUUAUUUAUAGUUUAUUGAAAUUCAUUCUUUUUCUAUUUAAUAUAGUUACAAAAUUUUGCUAUUUCUAUUUACAGCAUUAAAAUUUGUUAAAACAAGAACAGUUUCAAUUUUCAUUUAUCAAAAAUAUGUAUAAAACGAAUUAAGCCUAGAAUCGUUUUUCGUUGGCAAUUAUUUAGCGUUGCAUACAGUAUACAUACUAAAUUACAUAUUAUAAUAUAUAUUCCUCUUUCCAACUUCCCACCUAUUACAGUGGUCUUCUCACUAACAUUAUCUUGUACAAGGCGCACAAUAUAUACCACAAUUUAGUAUUUUUAUUCAGCGGCUUCAGAACGCGGCCCCCGGAUGGACCACUUUGUAUGAUUACAAAAAAAUUCUGUUUUACAUUACAUAUCAUAUUUUUAAAUAUAUAGAAAUACAAAGAAAUAUAGAGAUCAUAUUUAUAUUUUAGAUUCUGAUUGUUUUAUAAGGAUGUUUAUUUUUUUAUUAUUUGAACACUUUUUCUACAAGAAAGUUCACUUCAAUGAGUCCGAUGUAUACGAUGUAGGCCUAUUUCUAAAAGGCGAUUUUCUUGGAGUGGUACUUAAGGGAGGUAAUUUUUCGAUUUUCUUAAGAGUUUUCCCAGCAAAUGUGAAAAUCAGGGAAAAACAGGAAAAUCGGUACAAUGUUAAACAAUUGUUAUUAAAGAAAAUAUAUAAUACCUAUUCAAUUAAGUAACAUUAUAAUCUCCAUGGCUUAAUACGCCACUGUUUUUAUUGUAUGUACUAAUCUAAAAUGCCAUAUUUUCAUCAAUAUAUAUUUCAGAUAUUGUUCUAAAUGGUCUUUACGAUUUUUUUUUAUUAUUUGACUAUUUUAAAAAUUUGUUUGGACUUACGUGUUUGUUUUAUGGACGUAUGGGCUCUUAUAGAGAAAUUUCUAGACGUUUAUUAUUAUUAUUAUUAUUGCGUGGAGCAAGAAAUUAAAAUUAAUUGAUUUUUUGUAAAUUUACAAGGAAUUACUAUUUUAUAUUUUAGAGUGCUCCAAAAUAUUAUCAUUCUAUGAUUUCAAUUAAUUUGUGUCAGUAAAAAUUACAGGUAUAAUAUAAGUAACGUUUUUAUUAAAAAUAUUACCAAUUAAUGCCAUCAUAUUUGUUAUAACCGGGAAUAACAAUGUUUAUAUGUUUACACAUUACUUUGUGUAUAGUAUUAGGUAAAAUGAUCUAUUUAAAAAGGCUAUAUUUUGAGCAUGCAUUAAUUAGGUACUUAUUUAAAUGCUUAAUAUAUCAUUGAUGUCAUAUUAUAUAUUAAAAACAGUUUGUUAACUGAUAUACGAUAUCAUGUAGGCCAUAAUAAUUGAUUAAAAAAUUCGAAUGCAUUUUAUGUCAAUCGAUAAUAUAUUAUGUACAAAUGAUUAAGAUUAAUAAUGUCUGCCUACAGUAAUUCGCAUGUAAUUUCUGAUGAAAUUCCCAGUGAGUGCGAUUGAAAAAAAAAACAGCCAAUUACGAUGCUCCAAUGGAUAAACAUAUAUUGUCAAUACAAUGUAUUUUCGAAUAUUAUCACUAAAAAAUACGUUGCUCUUUAGAACAUGUUUUAUCAUUUCGAUGAUAAUACUCGUAUCAACGGCGUUGAAUUACCGAAUACCCGAUUAUAUUUAAUUAAUAAUUAUUAUAUAAUAUUUCAGUCGUGUUAAAUAUUUCGGUAGACCUAAUCCUACAAUGGCAUACAUCAGGUACUUACUGCAGUAUAUUUAUGGGAUUAUACGGUAUGGUUUUUAUUGUUAAAAUCAUAAAAAAAUUUUUUUUAAAGUCUGUGAAAAUUAACAAUAAUUUAUGAAGGCUUAUUUAUAAAAAAAAAAAAAAAUUAAAAUAUGGUAGGUAUUAAAUUGUCGGUUAGUUUUUCAACGAUAUUAAUAUUAUUAUAUUUGUGUUUUAUAUCGGUAAACAAAUCGUUUGUUUAAGUUUAAUUUCUAUAAAAUUCUUUAAUGUGGAAACACAUAAUAUUGAUUAUUAUGAAUAUCUAUUAUUUUAUAAUAAAAUAUAAAGUAGAAUAAAAAUAGAAUAAAUAUUUAUUUGAAUAAAAUUUAGUUUCUAAAUAUAAUAACGUUCAAACACAAAUUGUACUUUCUUGACAACAUAAAAAAAAAGCAGUUAAAAUGUGUAUAUAAAUAGGUAAUACAUUUAAAACUAAUACUAUAAUAAUGCGUUACCCGCUCUUCGAUUGUAGCUUUAAUCACUACAAUGUGCAGAGAACUUAUACUAUUGGGCGUGUUCUGUAUUUUGUGAUCUGUCUGAGUAUAUAAAGAAAAGCGAAUGUAAAUUCAGGCACAUUAAGUCUCUGGAAGAGUUCUUGUUAUUUUAAACAAUUAAUCGUAUAGUGUAAAAUAGUUAAACAAAUUUUCUAUGAAAAUGGAAACUUUAAUCAAAAUUAAAAAUGGCUUCGCAUCUCUGGAAUUGCAGUCGUAUUAUAAAAUGGUAUUUAGUUACAUUUAAAAAUAUCAGAACAAUGAUUAAUAAACACUUAUGUAUUCAGUAUGUUAAGGUUUUAGUUUAAACUAUCUGAACUAACUAUUUAACUAUACGAUGCCUUAACGUUUAUGUUUUAAAAAUUUAUUUUUUAGUUAGCUCUCAAUUUCUUUUACUUUUUCAUAGUUUUAAUUUAUUUUGUUUAAUAUAGAAUGUAUCUAACCAAUUAUUUAAUCCUAACUUGAUUUCAGGACAAAUUUGGCUUCGGUAAAAUGGACGAUACUAAUAAGCCAUUAUGCUCGUACAGUAUAGUACCUAUCACUUCCGACGACAAAGAGACAGUGGCUGCAUUUCUAAGACAAUUCUUUUUCCGCGAUGAACCCUUAAAUGUAGCCAUACAGCUACUAGAAGAAACUGAUUCGGCGACAAAACUCAAGAAUUAUUGUAUUGGUUACUUACAAUAUGGUUAGUUUUAUAUUGUAGUAUAACUGAUUAGUUUCAUACAAAACAUUGACAUCACGUCAUAAUAUUUAAAAACAAUACAUUGUUGUAGUCGAAUACUAGCAAGAAAAUUUGUAAAAAAAUCUAAAUACUUUAUAUUAGUUCAAAAAUAUAAUAAAAUCUCUAUACUGAAAAGUACAAUAUGCUUAAAAUAAUAAAUUGAAUUGAUUUUUCCAUUAAAUAUAAUAAUAUAAAAAUCAGUAUUAUAUUUUUAUUUAUAAAUAUUAAUAAACAUUUAAAUGAUUAAGUAUAAAAUUUGCAUUUUUUUUUUAUUGCAUUCAAGGAAUGACAUUCAUGGCAUUGUCUAAAACUGGAGACAUUAUGGGUGUGAUUUUGAACAACAUAAUGCACAGAGACGACGUAGAAGAAGACGAUGACGAUGUCGGAACUUGUAACGAAAAUUCUAAGUUUAAGGAAAUCGCAAUGCUUUUGGACAAAAUCAAACGGGAAGCAGACGUUUUUACACACUAUCCAACUGUAGAUCGUAUAUUGGAAAUAAAAAUUGUGACCGUAAACGAGGCAUACAGAGGCCAAGGAGUAUGCAAGGCACUUGUCGAUAAAACCAAGUACAGUACAACAAAAUUUACUAACAAGCAUGACAAUUAUUAUGAUUAUUACUAUAAUAAUGUUCUUAGUGUAACAAAAACCGCGGUAGUAUCGGAUUAUUUUUAUUGACGCAGGCGAAGUCUUACGAGUAUUUUUCAAUAACUUUCCAAUUAUAUUUUAUUGUAUUUAACUUUGUUACAUUACAAUAAUGAACCAUUAAAAUUACAAUAAAAAAUAAAUAGAAUUAAAAACUCGUAAUCGAAUUUGAACGUAUAGGUAUUUAAACUUAAAAUACAUGCUAAAAUCUUUUGCGAUAUAUGAAAAACUCAAAAUGUCUAAUAUUUCAUAUGAAAUGUAUACAAUAUGAAUUAUUUAUUAAAUUUAUAACACUAUUAAAUUAUAGCCAUCUACGUUAAAAAUUUGAUUAAAAUAACGAUACUAAUAUUGCAGCUUUUUCAAUCUAAAAUAAUCGCACUUUCGACAUAAUCAACAUAAUCAAUACAAUAGUAUAACAAAUAUUAACUUUUAUUAACUGCUUUGGAUAACUCGCGUCAACAACGAAUAAAAACAAACUAACAGUGACACAUGCCCAACAAAACUCGUUACUUCACCCGACCUAUCGGCUUUUCAGAUAUCGAAAUUGUAUAAAUACUUUGAUAAAACGCCACGCUAUUCCCAUGUCUUCCCUGAUUGAAUAUUCACUAACAAUUACAAUAGAAUAUUAACAUAAACGUUGUCUAAAUAUGUGAUAAACGGCGAUUUUUGGUAAAUAUAUAAAAUCAAAAAUAUAGCUCGCUUAAUUGAAAAUCACGUGAAACUAAUCCAUCAUUUGCCUAAAUUAAUUUAUUAAGUCAUAGAAAAACAAAAUUAUUAACGUUGAAAUCCGAGUCCAAAUAACGUUAUAAAAAAAAAAGAUCCAUUUUAAUAUGAAUGAAUACAUGGGGACAAUAAAGUAUCUGUUUUUUUUUUUUAUUAUUUUUGUAAAUAUUAUUCAUAUCUGUAGCACCGCCGAUACAAAAACCAUUGCAAAAACUACAACUUAUAUGCCAUUUCGAUUUUCAGAGAACUAGCAUUGGAAAAGGGAUGUAAAAUGAUUUAUGUGGAAUGUACCAGUCAUUUUUCUGCCAAAGCCGUCGAGAGACUUGGAUUUAAAUGCAUAUAUUCGCUGGACUAUGCCGACUAUGCGAACGAACAAGGUGAAAUUGUGUUCAAAACACAAUCUCCACACAAACACGCCAAAGUUUUUGUAUUACUAUUGUAAUAAUGAAAAUACUAUUCGAUUUGAACCCAUAUAUAUACCCGCCCAUUUACCUUAAAAUGAACAAUAUUAAAGUAUUUCAAAAUACACCUACUGUUAUUAUUGUAAAUAAUAUUGUUCAACGACUUUAUAUUAUAUUGUACGAAUCUAUUCAAAAGUCAAAAUUAUUUAUCCACAUAAAUAAAUAUAUAUAUAUAUUACUUUAUUUACAUAUUAUACAAAUUGUUGGUAAUAUUAUAUAAAAAAAAAAAAAAAAUGUACUGACUUUGCUUUGUAUACGUAUAUUAUUGUUAUAUUAUUUAUAUCUCAUUCAAAAUAUUAUACAAUAUAUAUUAUAUAUUAUAUACUUAUCUUUACAUUUUUUAUAUAUAUGUGUUUUGUUAAAUUUUAAAAUAACGGAAAACUCGUGGUUUUUAUAAUACAAAUAAUAUUAUGUACUAUGUAAUAUAAAAAAAAAAAAAAAAAACUAAACAAAUUGUGUAAGACGCGAGUACAAUAUUAUUAUAAUAAACUA